UCCUCAUCCAAAUCAGAUAGCUCUCCUAUGAGAGUCCCAUAAGAGACACAUUUGGACUUUCCACCUGCAUUGUUACUGCCACUCUCCACCAAUUCACAAUACACUGAAGACAUUCAUCUUUACAUCUUUACAGUCUGACCCGAACAUCUUCAACCUCCAACUGCCACGAUGUCAGGAAACAAAAUCGAGAACAAAGGCAGUCUGCAGCUGAUUGGGAUCCUAGGAUCUGCCGUCUCAGCAUUAUCUGUGAUCCACCCUGGUUUUGGCAUUGCUGCUUCCCUGAUCAAGGCGAUGCAGAAAGGUGUGGAUGAUGAGAACAUCUGCACCGAGUUGAAGAGUGAGUUCAAAUCAAUCAACCAGACCCUGGACGAGCUUUCCAAGCAGCAUCACAAAACUCUGCUGGAGAUCAAGAAGAAUACACUCGAUGCGCAAUACUCUGAGGUGGUCUCCAUGCUGCACCGCCAUUUUGAAAUGUACGAGGGUAUUAUGCAGGCAGACCCAGCCCGCCGUGAGGAAAUGAAGAACGAGUUUAAGGAGAAAUAUUCUAGAGAGAUGGGAGAGAAACAUCUGAAUACGCUCUAUGAUGGUGUGACAAAGAACGACAUGACCUUCAGCCGGCCAGUCCUCGAGGUUUAUCUGGAGUAUGCAGAAGGAACCAGCUGCGCUCGCUGCACCAUGGAGGGGCUCUGCAAACACCUCAACUACCUGUUCACCAUUGGUCUCAUCGCCUACAUGGGCUAUGCCGCCAUCAAAGGGUACGACCAGGAGAGUCGGAAAGAGACGUGGGCGAAGAAGAUGAGUGAGGUGCAAAAGAAGAUGCAGGAGGCUCUUGCCAAGUGCAAGUGAAGACAAAGAGGGUUAUUUCCUCCUCUGCUUGUCUGAUUCUGUUUGAUUACCAGAACACAGCGUCACUUGGGGACUCAUGGAAUAGCCUUCAUCUCUCAAAACAGCUGACUGAUGAGUUUCUAGGGAAAUGUAGAGAUGCCAGUGCAUGACUGUCGAUACUGUAGUAACUGAGAGAUAAUUUUUAGCUUCAGUUAACAACACAUUUCAUUUUACUUGUGCUUAAUGUAAUGGGAGUGAUUUCUCUGGUACCAAUUUAGCAAUGUCUUGGCUGUAUUUUUGAUCCAUUUA